GCUCCUUGUAGCCUCGACUUUUCAUAUCGUUGCACUACGGAAUCCUACCAAAUCACUCGCACAACACGGCAAACAUGGCCAAGAGGAAGAGAAACGAGCAGGCCAACGGGUCAAAGUCCGGCGUUACAGCGCCCACCAAGAAAUCCAAGGCAUCGGCAGCUGCAUCGCUGGCGCCGCCCCCGAGCAGGUCGCCCUACACGGUCCAAGUAGUUACGGGCUCCUACGAUCGCAUCCUCCACGGAUUUACCGUCGCCCUGGACGGCGACCGCGCCGAGUUCGCCGACACAUUCCUUUUCAACGCGCACAGCUCGGCGAUCCGGUGCCUCGCGCUGUCGCCCGCCUCGAAGCCGGAGCCGGGCAAGGCGCAAAAGGUGAUGCUUGCGUCGGGCAGCAGCGACGAGCGGAUCAACGUGUACAACAUCUCGGCGCACCCGCCGUCUGCGACGAGGCAGAAGGAGGACGACGUGUUGUCGCGCCUCGCGCCGCGAAAGAUCCUCGAGAACCCCAAGAACCGCGAGGUCGGCACGCUGCUGCACCACGCGUCGACCGUCACCAGGCUCGCCUUCCCCUCCAAGUCGAAGCUCAUGUCGGCGUCCGAGGACUCGACCAUUGCCGUGACCCGCACCAGGGACAUGGCGCUGCUGUCGAGCCUCAAGGCGCCCAUACCCAAGCCCUACGGCCGGCCGAGCGGCGACACCGCCGCCCUGGGCGCGACCCCGUCUGGGGUCAAUGACUUCGCGGUGCACCCGACGGGCAAGCUCAUGAUCAGCCUGAGCAAAGGCGAGAAGUGCAUGAGGCUGUGGAACCUGACCACGGGCAAGAAGGGAGGCGUGCUCAACUUUGGGAGGGAGAUGCUGCAGGAAGUCGGCGAGGGUCGCCACUCGUCGGGCGAAGGGAGGGCAAUCACAUGGAGCCAUGCGGGCGACGAGUUUUGCGUGAGCUUCGACCGCAACGUGCUCGUGUUCCCCCUGGCGCCUGGAGAAGACGGAGGUAUCCAGCCAAAGUGCAAGGUCAUGGCCGACUCGCGGACAAAGGUACAUGCGCUGGCAUACCUGACACCGUCAGGAGGGGAGGAGAGCAGCAGGGACACGGAUGCGGACGCCGCCGGCAGCAAUGCGGAGGAUUCACUGCUGGCCGUGUCUACGGAAGACGGCAGGAUCCUGUUCUUCUCUACGGCAGACGAGGACCUGGUUCAGAGCAAGGCGGAAGCCGACUCGAGAAAGGGCGGCUCCCCGCUGCCCAGCGCCAAGUGCAUUGGCCAAGUCGGCGGCAAGGAGAUGGGUGUUGCGGGACGCAUCAAGGACUUUACGAUACUACGGGCGCCUUCAGGCACGGAUGAGAACAAGGGAGACUUUGUGAUUGCAGCGGGCAGCAGCGAUGGCAAGGUGCGGAUAUUCUGCGUAGCGGUUUCGGAACUGGUGAAGGCCAGGAAAAGCAAGGACGACGACGGGAGCAAGCAGCGGCAGCUGGGCAAGCUGCUCGGUGCCUACGAGACACAGAACAGGAUCACCUGCCUCGAGGCCUUUGUCAUGAUUCCCCGUCCAGAUGGUGUCGAGGACAGCGAGGACGAGUUUGAGGAUGUGUCGGAGGAUAACGACGACGACGAUGAAGCAGCGGAGGAGUAGAAUGAUGUUAAUAGCGAACAAAUGCACAUGGUCUGCACAUGCCACCUUUCAUAACUACAG